UUUACAGUGUGUUUGGUCUUAGUCCAAACCCUUUUUAAUGCCGAGUCCAUUGCUCUUGUUUAGUGCUUAAAAGACUUCAAAAACUUCACUGCUUUCUCAUUGCCUUCUUUCUCUCUUAUCUCUGACCUUUUUCUUCCUUUCAAUAUUUAUGGACGAAGGAGGACGAAGACCCUUCCAUUAAUCCCAUUCAUAUCCCAGCUCAUAAACAAUCACGCUAAUCAAUUCAACGUGAAAAGCACGACGACCGUCCAUCGAUAAUAUUUGUGGUCAUGGACCAUCUGAAUGGUUCGCCGGAGAGAUCAGGAGAAGACGGGAAAAGGGUUGUCAAUGAGUUGGAUUUCUUUGGAGUUAAAACUGGUAAUCUGAUGAUGAUUAAAGAAAAGGAAAGCUUUCAUGUAAAAGAAGAGAUGAAUCAUCGCGACGAUGAGAGGCUUCAAGGGAUGCAACUUGAUGUGAAUACUGGUUUAAAUCUCCUUACAACCAAUAGUAGCAGCGAUAAAUCAACUUUGGACGAUGAAACAUCGCACACCAUGGAAGAUAAGCAUCCAACAAAUAAGUUGGCAGCUCUGCGGACAGAGAUAGAUCGAAUGAGUGUAGAGAAUGAACGUUUGAAAGGUCUGCUUAAUCAGGUCAACAAUAAUUACCAUGUCCUACAUAUGCACCUUAAGACGGUGAUGCAACGGGAGAAGUACAAUCAAAAGACCGGAACCGCAGUCGAAUAUAAGAUGAUAAAUGGAUUACUAGAAGAUCAGAAACAAAGUGGUGUGGUUGUUCCUAGACAAUUCAUGGACAUGGGUCGUAUUCCAUUACCUGAGAAAGAUGAUGUUAAUUCACAAUCAUCAUUUGAAGGAAGAUCUGGGAUUAAUUGUACUAAUUCUGGAUCGCCUAAGAACGACAUAGUUGAGUCUAUGGAGUGUAAGACUAAGACUACUUCUCUUUCUUGCAAAGAUAGUGGAAGAAAUGAUAAUAAUCAUGGAGAUCGUGAUGAAGAGAGUCAAGAACAUGAAUUUUCAGGUUGGGUUUCUAACAAAGUCCCCAAGUUCAUUUCACCUAAAGACGAAGAUCAAACCCCAGAAACCAUGUCCAUGAUUAGAAAAGCUCGUGUCUCUGUUAGAGCACGAUGUGAAGCUUCCAUGAUGUCAGAUGGAUGCCAAUGGAGAAAGUAUGGUCAGAAAAUGGCAAAAGGAAAUCCAUGUCCUCGAGCUUAUUAUCGUUGCACCAUGGCCACUGGUUGCCCAGUUCGCAAGCAGGUACAAAGAUGUGCAGAAGACCGAACAAUAUUGAUAACUACAUACGAAGGCCAACACAACCAUCCACUCCCUCCGGCCGCCGUCGCCAUGGCAUCCACCACGUCGGCAGCCGCAUCGAUGCUACUUUCGGGGUCGAUGCCGAGCGCCGACGGGCUUGUCACUCCAAAUAACUUACUCGCAAGAAGUACUACAGCCUCUUGCGCUCCAAGCUUGGCUACUCUUUCAGCUUCAGCACCAUUUCCUACUGUUACCCUCGAUCUUACUCGCCCACCACCCACUUCUUCUUCCGAAAGCCAAAGAUUACUUCAUCCACAAGGCGAAUUUACCCUUAAUUUGCAACCUUUGCCUCACAAUGUUAUGUCUGUUCCACAAGCUUUUUCUAAGUUUUCUGGUCUUCAUGGAUUGAAUAAUGGUGCUCAUUUAGCAGCCUCACAGAUGCAGCAGACACCAAUGGCAGCUACUGCCGACACUGUCUCCGCGGCGACAGCUGCCAUUACGUCGGACCCGAACUUCACAGCUGCUCUAGUGGCGGCUAUUACCUCCAUCAUUGGCAAUGCUAAAUCAAACAACACCAACAACAACAACAUCAACAAUGCUAUUACUAGAAGCGGUGACAAUAAUAUUAAUUGAGAAUUCCUUUUUUUUUUUUUUUUUUUUUUGGUUAAUUAAGUUGUUGGUUAAAAAUAUUGUAAGUGACAGAGCAGUGUCUUAUCUUUUUCAUUGUUUUGAAAGAGAGAAAUAACAAGUUCUCUUAAAACAGGUAAAAAAUUUUGUGGCUCUUUUUUUUUUUUUUUUUUUUUUUUUUUUUUUUUUUUUUAAGUUUGUUUUGGUUUCCAUCAGAAAGAGAGAGAACUCAAUUUGUUUUGGUUUCCAUAAGAGAGAGAGAGAGAGAACUCAAUUUCUUCAUUUUCUUGCAAUAUUAGAGAUGGGUUGUGAGUUUUAUUCAAUGUUCUACAAUACAUUGUACAUUUUAUAUUAUAUCAAGUAAUAGAUACCAUAAAUAUAUCUGUUUUUUGCUAAA